AUGGCUCAGUCGGCUAUCAAGACUUUCCUAGACUCAAAAGGGCUAUCCGCUACACCAGCAUGGAUUGAUUCUUUUGUCACUUCCAGUCGUCAAGGACUUCCCACGCCGGCGUUGCAAAAGACGGCUCUAUUCCGCAUACUCGCUUCGGAUCUCACGUCAUCUAUCAAGGCCACUUCCACAAACACACUUCCGCCAAACGCCCUCAAUCCGACCGUCAAGGAAAUCCGCGUACCGGAUGCUGUUCCACUCCAGGUCCUGGACAUUGAAGAUAUAGGCCGCAGCGCUUGGAGCCAAGUCGAAGCCAUUGAAGCUCAAGAACGCGGUGAGACUACAAAAGGCAGAGAAGUCAUCCGUGUCGUGCCUGGCGAAGAAGCAGAUCCGCUCCGAGAUGGCACAUUGCCCAUUCCCAAGAGCAGCGGUCCUCACAAGCUACUCCUGCAGGAUGCGAAGGGAACAAAGAUCUACGGCUUCGAAGUUACUGACGUUGAUGGCAUCGACUUGAAUCUGGGCAUUGGUGCAAAGCUCAUCUUGAAGAACAUGACCAUCGCGCGUGGCGUCAUCUUGCUUGAUCCCAACAGCACUCAACUGCUAGGCGGUAAGGUCGAGGUAUGGGACAAGGCUUGGAGAUCGGGUAGAAAAGAGUGCUUGAAGUCAAAGGUUGGUCCAAGGGAAGAGGAAGAGCUCUGA